AUGAUUGAAAAUACUCCAAAAGAAAAGUCAAGAGCAUAUGCAGUAAUUCAUGACGAUGAAGGUUUUGACUGGAGCACAAUUCUUCCAGAUGAAGAUCGUCCUGUAACAGCUCAUGGCAGAAAAGCAUCAAAGGCCCAACAUCAUGUUCUUAUUGCUGAAAUUCAUGAAGAAAACAAAAAAGAAAAUGUUGGUGCUGAAAUCAAAGAGAAAACUCGAGAAGAGAUUUUUAGUGAGAAGACUUACAGAGAAAGAAACGUGGUCUACAAAAGAAUGGAUGACAUGCAGGACGAGUAUGAAAGUGCUAAGGUUGCUGAAGAGAUUAAAACAGAAGUUGUUGAAGUUGAAGCUGUGAAGGAAAUCAAAAGCGAAGAAGUUGAGGUGAAUGAAGAGAAAGAAGAAGAAGAAGUAAAGAAUGAGAAUUUGGAAGCUGGUGAUGCUGGUGAUGAAGUUAGUAUUGAAAAGAAGCAAGAUGAUGCUGAUCAGAAGCAAACUAAGGCAACUGCAUCAAACACCGAAGUGCCAAUCACUGAGGUGGUCAACAAAUACAAAGACUGUGAGAAUGGAAGUAGGAGCAACCUGGCACAACAAGAAGAGGAGGCUGCUGCUGAACCCUGGUUUGGUUGA